AGCAUAGCUUCUCAUAUUAUUAAUACACACAACAAAUUACAAAACAAAAUAUACUAAAAUCUGUUUUUUUAGCUUCUUUUCAUCAUCUAAUCUCACAAAAAUCUGAUCUUUCCUGCUUUGUAGACUAAAUACAGAUUAAUUCCAACUGGAUUUUGUUCCCUUUUUCCCCCUCUCCAUAACUACCCUAAUUUGCAGUUCUGUAUUUAUAUAUAUCUCCUUCUUGCUUUGGAGGGUUUUCUUCUUUAGAAAGAACAGAGAAAAGGGUGUCUUUUGUUUGUGGAGUUAUUUCGAUAUGGCAAUGACGAAAACCUUAUCUAUGAUCUCAAGAACAGGAAGAGACUUGCAGAGAUACAAUGAUGGAUGUCGUCAAGUUGUUGGAUGCAUUCCGUACAGAUAUAGAAAAACCAAUCAAUCAUCUACCGUUCAAGGGACCCAAAUUGAUGAUUUGGAAUUCUUAGUGAUCAGCUCACAGAAGAGUCCAAAGUGGAUGUUCCCUAAGGGUGGUUGGGAAACUGAUGAGGCAUUAGAAGAUGCUGCUUUAAGAGAGACUUUUGAGGAAUCUGGUGUAAUUGGUGAUGUUGAGGUUCAGGAGUAUUUAGGUACUUGGAGUUUUAAGAGCAAAAGCCAAGGGACAUUUCAUCAGGGGCAUAUGUUUCCUUUGCUUGUCACAGAAGAACUAGAAGAUUGGCCUGAGAAAACUGUCCGAAAACGUCUAUGGUUGAAAUUUAGUGAAGCAAGAGAAGUAUGUUGGCAUUCCUGGAUGAAGGAAGCUUUAGAUGUCUUUGCCUCUAAGCUCACAAAGAGAAAUAAAGACGAUGAGCCUCAGACAUGCCCUUUCGAUGAAUUGUGCAAUGAACAGACAGUUGCUACUGUAUCUAAUUCUAACACAAUGUUUUAUGAAGAACCAAUAAUCAGCAUUGAAGCUAAUGACUUGACCUGUGAGGAGGAGCUGAGAAUUAGCCUUGUAGCUAAGCCUUCUCUAGGUAAGCUCAUGUUCAAUGAAGAAGCAAGGCGAAAGCCGUUUUUCAAUGAAAUUAGUAAUGUAGCCAACUCAAUGUUCAGUGAAGAAGCAACCAUGAGCACCAAAGCCCAGAAGAUGUUCAAUGAAAAAUUGGGAAGAAUAAGCAUUGCUGCUUUCAGCUAGCAAACAAAUGAUGGAAGAACCUCAAGACUUCUAAUAACCGAGAAUGGGGAACCAGGGACGCCUAUCCUGUAGAAUUCUUGACGAGUUGGGAGCCAAGAACCAGCAUUAUGUAAAGGAGAAAGAAAGAACCUUGGAACUCUGUCGACAGAAAUUUUGAUGACUCUAAAAAUGCAGGACUUGGCAUUGUUACCCACAAUCUGCAAAGAAAGGACAAUAAUCUAUGGAUGCAUUUACAGGCAGCAGUAUUUUGCACCAGAGAAAGAACUUUUCAAAUCCCUGCCUGAUAGGAUUCUCUAUAUUGUCCCUUUAACCAGAUAAGAAGUUUGAGUUAACCUUGCUUUAGAUGAUUCAAAGAGAAACUAAUCCAGUUUCUCAAAGGCAUAAUACAUACAUAGGCACACAAAUUCGGCCUCAAUUGGCAAGUAGACAAUCCAACUUUGGGAGUGGACACAUGAUGCUGACAUGACACAUAAAUUUUGGAUGCGUCCAGAUGAUUAUUUCUUUAAGCUUAGUGUUCAACUGACACGGUGGAGACGAGUUGAAGUGUCUAUAUAUGCACCCUCCUUGGAGCGUUCAGUCGAGGCCAAGUUUGAGUGUCUAUCUAUGUAUUAUACACCAUUCUCAAACUCCAGAUAUAGGUUAAUCGCAUAAGUUUCUAACUUCAUUCUUUAAUUCUUUUUUGUUGUUUCAAGAUGUACAUAUGAUCAUUUAGUUCUAUGUAAAAGAACACCAAAAUUGAACCCAAAAAAAUUGUCCCUAGUUGUUGACAUUACCCUGUUGAUUCAAUGAUUGAAGUAUAAAUUAAUGGAUAUGAUGAUCUUGA